UGAGCUCAAGUUCAUUUUCGGUUUUGAAUCGACGUCAAGGUGUGAAUACACUACUUAGUAACUAAAAGGGUAUAUUUUUGGGUUAAUUUUUGUAAAAUCGUCAUGGAAAAAAGUUUAAUAAAAGAAGUAAUCGAGCUGUAUAAAGAAAAUAAGUGGAUGGAUAUUAUCGAUAAAAAUCCGAAUGUAACAAACGAAGAAGCCAGAAAAUUACUUUGGGUUUGGCCUAGUUUCAAAAAUUUAGAAUUUAUUAAAAAAAAAUUGAACGAGUUUAAUAUGAACGGUAUUUCAUCGAUUGGAUGUGGAUGCGGUUUGUUAGAAUGGAUCAUUUCAAAAUCAACAAGAUUAGAAGUUAUUGGAUAUGAAAUUAAUGAGAUAUGGUGGACAAGUAAAUAUUGCAUCCCUCAAUUUAUAAAUUUAACUUACGUAGAAAACAAUAAUUACAUACUCAAAUCAAAUUUAGCUUUGGUAUUUUGUUAUUUUAAUGACUCAGAAGCUUUUAACGAUUACGUAAAUAAUUACGAAGGAAAUUUAAUAUUUAUAAUAGGCCCAGGAGAAGGAAGAGGAACACAUACAGAUCCAUCACCAUUUAAACCAAAUUUUCAAACUAAUAAUUGGGUAUUAAAUGAUUACCAAGAAAUAAAAACGACAAAAGAUUUUAUAGCGGUUUAUAUUAGAUAUAAUAAUCUUAUUUGUUAACAAUAAAUUAAUGAAUCAAG